AUGGAACCUGGUCGUCAAGCAGACAUGCUGCAGUGGCAGUAUGACAGGACGACAGAUCCACGUUUCGGUCCAAAUCACCUCAUGUUUAGUUACUACAACGGCGGAAACAAUCUGAGAGACAGUCACGGUGAAGAAAGCUAUGAUCACACCAGCUAUCUUGGAGCCUAUGGCGGCCGACAAGGUGGAUAUAUCCUACCCUCGCAUGGUACUCAAGCUGCCCAGUAUCCCGACCAAAGAAUGUGCUUCCAAGAAGGAUAUCGCUUCGACCAGAGCUACAUGUCCACAAGGUCACGAUCUACGGAUCAAUCGCAGUACAGCAAUCGUGCUCCACCUAGCUUCUCGUCUCAUAUCCCAACGAGCGAUUUAGGAGGACCACUGAUCAAGCCACAUCAGGGUGCGACUUAUGAGCACAAAAGACCGGUAUCACCACCAAUCCCGGACGGGCUGAAUCAAGACCUCCCAACGCUCUCUCAGUGGAAUACUCAUGAGGAAUCGCGUGGCAAUCUACCUCACGGAUAUGACAUGCAUUCGAAAGAUAGUGUGCAAGCCCUCGGUUUCUGUGAUGGUCUAGGUCUUGAGGCUGCAAAGCAGUUCUUGCCAGUCCAACGAAGAAUACAAGCCUUCGGCGCAACAAUGGAUGAGAAUGACUGGAUGGAAGCGCACCAACCAGUCAUUGUCUCGAAAUAUUUCCGCAAUAACAAGGAUGUCACCUUCUUCAAACCAGUGCGCGAAACCAGACACUGGCACUAUGUCAAGGACGAUCCGGCGUUUGCAGAUAUCGCUACUGAUGGGGAGAUAGUAGCAUUUGAAGAACUUGAUCAACGUAAAAACGCCAUUGUCUCAAGCCACAACAUUGCUGGAGCUUACCGCCGCCCCUCGGUCUCGGUAACAGCCAACGUUCAACAGCGCAUUCAGACAUUUCCAAAACAGCAAGCGUUGGAGACAGGCCUAUCCAUCGAGCAGGAAGAACGUCUUGCAGCUCUUGGAGUAACCGGGGCUCCCAAACCAGUUCGGCUUGCCAUUCCCAAGCAAGAAGAGCAGCGGACGAGAUCGAGGUCACCCGAAAUGAUGAUAGGACAGCGGAACGAAGAGAGAGCGAGAGAACCGGUGGGAUGGGACUCGGGCACGGUAAGGACAACCAGCGCCGAGGCAGAGCAGGCAAAACUCAAGGAAAGAGCAAGCAGCAGCACGCCAGCAAACCAUGUGGGAAAUCCGAUCAGCAUCUGCAUCAGCACACUCCACGUCCUCACCCACCAAGUGCUACAGAAGGGGAAUCUAGCUUUCCCAGCGAUCGAUGACCAUUCGAACACACUCGUAAUGAGGGCUCAGUGA